AUGGAUAUGAUAAUGGAAUCAACAUUAAAUCGAUGUUCAAUUUGUCAAAAAAGUGGAUCGAUGUGUAUUUGUGGAGGUUGUAAAAAUAUAUUUUGUUUAAAAGAUUUCAAUGAACAUCGUCAACAAUUAUCAAAUCGAUUUGAUCAUGAUAUUAUUCGAUUUCAUGAUGAACUUCUUUCUCGAAUAAAACAAUUAAAUGAAUCUUCAAAUGAACUUUUUUCUCAAAUAAAUCGAUGGGAAUCAACAACAAUUGAUAAAAUACAUAAGGCAGCUGAAGGAGCUAGACAAAAACUUAAUAAAAUGCUUAAUCAUGAAAGAGAAAUUUUUAAAGAACAAUUUGGAAAUUUAACAAGGCAAAUUCGUUUUCAACGAGAAGAAAAUAAUUUUGUUGAAAAUGAUAUACAAUUAUUGAAAAAUAAAUUAAAUAAAAUGCAACAAUCACUUCGACAACUUAAUGGACAAGAUAAAUCACAUAUUAUUCUUAUAGAAAAUAAUAAAAUCAAUUGGAAUAAUCUUAUUUAUCCUCAAAAACAACAAUUAACAUGUGAGUCAUUGUAUUGA